AGGGACGAGCGAGGGAGCGAGUCUUCGUCCGCCAUAUUUGACCGGAAGGAAGUAAGCACCCAACGGCGCUUCUGCCGUUUCCUUUCCUUUCUCGUCUCGCUGCCCCCGUCGCCGCCUCCUUCUGCUCCCCAUUGCUUUUCCUUCUUCUUCGACGAUCAGCCCUAACCCCACAAGAAGAGUCGAUCCAACUCUUCUAUUCCGUGAUUCUUGGAGAUCUUGAACCAUUGGCUCUGACUACAAGGAUCGGAACACCGGAUUGCUUUUCUGAGAGCAUGGAAGCUGCGAAUUCUGCUGUUUCUCAGACCAAACUCCUUGAUUUUAGGAGUCGGAGAAGUAUCGGCUCUCUGUAUUCAUCAAGGCACAAGGGAGGUACCUCGGUAUGCUAUGUCAAAUGCUCCUCCCAUUCCUCGCAUAAUGGCCCUCAAGGAACUGAUGAAUCACUGAGUUUAUCGGUGCUUUCUAAUCCUACAUCUGAUGUUAGCAAGGGGAAUUUUGCCAAAUCUAUACAUAUGCCAGUCAAAAAGCAUAAUCUUGGGAGGCUUAAUUGUUCUGCAGAGGCAUGCACGCAUGAUACAAAUUUUCUCAGCAUUUCUUCAAGUCAUGCACAUGAAAGGGUUGGCAUACUACUGUUGAACCUUGGAGGUCCAGAGACCCUGAAUGAUGUUCAACCAUUCCUGUUCAAUUUAUUUGCUGAUCCAGACAUAAUACGGCUUCCUAGACUAUUCCGAUUUCUCCAGCGACCACUGGCCAAGUUAAUAUCAGUUGUCAGAGCUCCAAAAAGUAAGGAGGGUUAUGCUGCAAUUGGUGGUGGAUCACCAUUACGGAGGAUAACUGAUGAACAGGCACAAGCACUGAAACUGGCCCUCAAAGACAAGGAUUUGCAUGCCAAUGUAUAUGUUGGUAUGCGGUACUGGCACCCUUUCACUGAGGAGGCUCUUCAUCAGAUAAAGAAGGAUAAAAUAACAAAGCUUGUUGUGCUGCCACUUUAUCCUCAAUUCUCUAUAUCCACUAGUGGUUCUAGUAUCCGUGUUCUACAGAGUAUUAUCAGGGAAGAUGCUUAUUUUGCAAGCUUGCCAAUUUCUAUUAUCGAGUCAUGGUAUCAACGUGAAGGUUACAUCAAAUCAAUGGCUGAUUUGAUAGAAAAUGAGCUACUAAGUUUUUCUAAGCCUGAGGAGGUUAUGAUAUUCUUUAGCGCACAUGGAGUUCCACUUAGCUAUGUUCAGGAUGCAGGAGAUCCAUACAAAGAUCAGAUGGAGGAGUGUAUCUCCUUGAUCAUGGCUGAGUUGAAAUAUAGAGGAAUUGUUAACCAGCACACUCUUGCUUAUCAGAGCCGAGUUGGGCCUGUUCAGUGGUUAAAGCCUUAUACUGAUGAAGUGAUUGUCGAGCUUGGUCAGAAAGGUGUAAAGAGCCUUCUCGCAGUCCCUGUAAGCUUUGUGAGUGAACAUAUUGAAACUCUGGAAGAGAUUGAUAUGGAGUACAAGCACUUGGCUCUGCAGUCGGGCAUUGAGAACUGGGGUAGGGUACCAGCUCUGGGUUGCACUUCUUCCUUCAUCUCAGAUCUUGCAGAUGCCGUUAUAGAAGCCCUCCCAUCUGCAUCUGUAUCAAAUGCAAAGAGAACAUCCUCAGAGCCCGAGACCGAGACAGAUCUUGUUCAAUAUGCCAUCAACUUGUUUUUCGGGUCAAUCUUUGCAUUUGUGCUAUUGCUGUCACCUAGAGUGAUUUCCGCGUUUAGGAAUUUCCUCAUCUAAUAUAUUUUUUGGUCAAGGUGAUGGUUUUCCGGUCAACUUGAAUCAUCUGAAUACAUGUAAGUGAUAACGAUCUCCGCAAAGCAAUUUUGUAAGGAUGAUAGUCCUGCCUUUGGCUGUUAUUCUCUGCUCAUGACAGUGGCUAAGUGAAUCAGUUGAUGUAAAUCAUCACCUCACAGGAUGAUAAUUUUUCAAUUCGACAGAUAUCAUGUAAGAAAGACCAUCAUUAGAUGGAUUAAGAAACUGUGUGAUGUUCCGACUUUUGAAUCUGAAA